ACGUCACACGAGCUGCGGCGCACUCAGACUGCUGUGAAAUUUGUGUUGUGUUUACGGUUUAAGGUGUAUAAAUAGUUACGAAACCUUCGAAAGUAGUUCAUGUUAUUUACAAAUGUUCUGAAACAACAUGGCAGUAUUACUGCAUUUAGCGUAAUGUAAUGUGAACGUAGAUUAUCGCCAUAUUAUUGUAAUGCUUUUUGUAAAGUGCUGUUUGUCUCUUUCAAAUGGCGCAACAUUUAUGAGUGUUAUUAUGGAACAAGGAUUUAUUUUGCAUAUUUAUUUAGCUUUGAUCAUUCCAUUCAAAUUUUUCCAUAAUCUCAAAUGUGACAAAGUCUCCUUUCCAAACAAGCAGUAAAACCCCAGCUGAGAUCUGAGUGACAUAUUAUUAUACAGAUGGAGUUUAUUAAAGAGGAGAGAGAAGACAUGAGUCAGGCAGAAGCAUGCAGAAUGGAAAAUGAAGAUACUGAGGAACAAAGAGGCCUGAUAGAAGUGAAAGAGGAACAUCAAGAACUGAAUGAAGUGGAGAAGAAAGAUCUAUACAAGGAACCUCAUCAUCUCAUAAAUGAAGAACAGUCUUGUAGUUGGUCAGAGAAUGAUAAUAAUCUUUCACAAGAAACAGCGCAGAAAACAGAAGCCAAAAACUCUUUUACUUGCUCUCAGUGUGGAAAGAGUUUCACUCGCAAAGGACAUCUGAAGAUUCACAUGAUAAUUCACACAGGUGAGAGACCGUACACCUGCCCUCAGUGUGCGAAGAGUUUCACAUGCAAAGGAAGCCUUAAGGAUCACUUCAAAAUCCACUCUGGAGAGAAGCCUUUCACAUGCCCUCAGUGUGGAUGGAGUUUUGCACGUCAAGAAGACCUUAAGAGGCACAUAAGGAUUCACACUGGAGAGAAGCCGUUCACAUGCUCUCAGUGCGAAAAGUGUUUUACAAGUUCAGGAGACCUUAAGAGGCACUUGCGAAUUCACUCCGGUGAGAGGCCUUUCACCUGCCCUCAGUGCGGAAAGAGUUUCACACAAAAGGAAGGUCUUAAGGAACACACCAAAAUUCAUUCUGGAGAGAAGCUUUUUGCAUGCAUGUUGUGUGGGAAGAGUUUCACACAUCAAAGAAGCUUGAAAAGGCACAUGAAGGUUCAUUCUGGAGAGAAAUUACACCAGUGCUCUGAGUGUGGCAGGAGAUUUGCAGAAGCUGGCAAUCUCAAAACUCACUUGCUGUCUCACACUGGAGAAAGACCAUUUAGCUGUGAGCGCUGUGAUAAGAAGUUUUUUUUGGCCGUUCACUUGAAGACACACAUGAGGAUCCACGAAGAUGAAACGCGUUACGUGUGUUCUUUUUGUGGGAAGAGUUUUUUGUGGCUUAACGGGUUUAAAGACCAUCAGAAAACACAUAUUGGUGAGAAACCCUACGUGUGCUUGGACUGUGGAAGUACUUUUACUAGAGCCGGUGAACUGAAAGUGCAUGAACGAAUCCAUACAGGAGAAAAACCUUACAAGUGUUCACACUGUGAAAAGAGUUUCACUCAGUCAGGAGCCCUGAAAAUUCACGAACGAGUGCACACUGGAGAGAAGCCGUACCUCUGCCCUUCAUGUGGGAAGACUUUCAGCCGAUAUGGAAAUCUAGGGAAGCAUUUAAAAAAUGCUUGCCCAAAGUUGAGAAACUGAGCAAAGUUCACCUUGAAGAGCUGCACUAUUCUUGAUAAAUUGAGAAUCACGAUUUUUUUUUUCUUCAAAUAGAGAUCACGAUUCUAAAUAUUACAACACAAUAACAAAAUAACAUGUAAUUUACUAGAGGUUCUGACAAAAUGUUAAUUGCUGCAGUCUUUUUUAAAAUGUUUAAUUCAUUUAAAUUAAUUAUUUUAAAAAAAAAAAUGGUUUCAGUGAAUGAUUCAAUGACACAAAUUGUUAUUUGAAGUGCCUAGUUACUUCCAAAAGU